AUGUCAAAGGAGCAGAAGAUAGCGUAUUUGAAUGAGCAGCUAGGCCGGUUUCUCCAGCAGAUGGAGCAGCUCAAGGACGAGCACGGGGAGCAGUUCCAGCUUGUGUUCAACACGCUUCCCCCAAGGUCGAACAUUGCGUAUUACAAGCUCAUCCAGAGGCCAAUGUCGUAUUCGAAGAUUAGAAAGGCCAUCAAGGGGAAGAAGUACACAGCAUCGCAGCAGUUUGUCAAAGGUAUCGCCCAGAUUGUGUGGAACGCGCAUUUCUUCAACGAGGAGAGCACGGAGUAUUACAAGUGGGCAACGAUAUUGGACGAUUUCUUGAAAGAUACCGUUCUUCCUGCUUUGAGGAGAGAUGUGAACAUUGUGGACCACGAGACAGUUUCGUAUCCGAUGAUGAAGGAGAUCCCCUCGGAUCCCCGCUCCAGGGACGAGACCAUUCGCGAGAUUGAGGAGGAGCAGAAGAGGGAGAAGAGGAAGCAGCAGGAGAGGCAGCAGAAGCAGCAGGAGCAGGAGCAGAAGCUAUUGCUGCAAAGGCAGCUUCAGCAGCUGCAGAUGCAACAGCAGGGAUUCAAGAACUCGGCGGCAGCUCCGCAAAACUUGUCAGGGGCACAUCCGGGGGCACAGCCCGGACCCAAUACAGCAGAAACAGACAUGUCUGUGCCGGAUUUCAGUAGGGCAGCACAGCCUCGACCAAGUCCACAUGCGCUGUACCAGAACCUUGCAGCGGCUCGGAAAUCAAGCUCCACAAAGCACUCUUCGCUCCCGAACUACAACCCGGCGGCGUACCGGAGCCAGGUGGAGCAGAACGAGCACCCGAACGUGUACAAUCCGCCAAGAAUCACAAACACGGGGAUUCCGAACAGAAAGCUUCUUGAGCAGUGGGUGAAACGGGGGAGACCGCCGAUUGUGGACAAGCCGCACGAGCAGAGGAUCAAGAGCAUCAUGAGGGGGUUGAAGAAGAUCAAGGUAAAGGGGAAGACGAUCAUCGCGGUGUUUGACAAGCUUCCGAACCAGCAGGAGUACCCUGAAUUCUACGAGAUGAUCAAGGACCCGGUGUCGAUGCUUGAUAUCAAAGGUUUGAUCAAGCAGAGGUACUACAAGACGGUGGACGCGUACAUGGCGGACGUUUUCCGGCUCAUUGCGAACGGCAAGAAGUACUACGGUGCGAUAGGUGACAAGUACAGUGCACACAACAUCGAGCUCUUGGAGACGAACAUCAUCCGGCUCUACCACUUGGAGAUGGCGAAGCCGGACAGUGCGUACAUCGGGGACGUGGAGUCGUCGAAGAUCCCGAUCCCGCAGGUGGUGUUCCAGGGCAGAAGCUACCGGGUUGGCAACUGGGUGCUGAUGCGGAACCCGAACGAUGCCACGGAGCCGAUCCCGGGCCAGAUCUUCCGUAUUUGGCAGGAGCAUGGCAAGCAGUACAUGAACGUAUGUUGGUACUACAAGCCAGAGUGGACCACGCACCGGUACGACCGGCUUUUCCUUGAAAACGAGGUUUUCAAGACCGGCCAGUACCGCGACCAUCCUGUAGAGGACAUCGUGGGCCCCUGCUACAUCGCGUACUUCACGCGGUGGCUCAAGGGGGACCCCGGUGUCAAAUUUGACGGGCCAUUGUUCAUCUGCGAGUUCCGGUACAACGACCGCGAGCUGAACUUCGCCAAGAUCCGUACCUGGAAGGCCUGUCUCCCGGAUGAAGUCCGCCACAUCGAGGACCCCAUCGUGCCCAUCAAGAGAUCCCGUGUGUUGAAGAAGCUCCCCUCGCCCAUCAAGCAUCUUCUGCCCCCCGGAUCCACAUCUUCAACGCCCAUUCCACCACCCACCAUCUUGAACUUGAACGCACCACCACUAAUUGGUGGGCUUUACGUCAAACGGCAGUCCGAGGAAGACGAGGUGAGCUACUUCGAUGCCGAUCUCCGCCAGGACCAGUGCGAGCUCCUGAUCCCGCCGUCUGUGACCAACGGCCGCCCCACAGACCUCAGCUCACGGUCCCACGGCCGCCGCAGUGCCAGCUCCACCCCGCACCAGGUCUUCUUGCCGCCCAAGCCCUCCCCGGUAUCCCCGGUGGCUGCUGCUGAAGGUGUUCUGGCCGCAUACGGCUCGCCCACCGGGCAGACUGCCGACCGCGGUGCCCUGGUGUCGCCCUACCCGUUCGAGUUCCAGAAGAGCCUGCAGGCGGGGCAGCUGGGCGUGAUUUCCAUGGGUGCUGAUGGUGUUGAUACAAUUUCUGCCGACACUAUUCGCAUGCAGCAGCUCCAGCAACAACUGCAACUGCAGCAGCAACAACAACAACAACAACAACAGCAGCAGCAGCAGCAGGAGUACCUUACCGCCCAGAGGUACACCCCCCACAGCUACACUGCUGGGGGUGGCCACAAGGUGAUUCAUACACCGUUCAACGUGGUUGGGUACCAGUUCCUGCCCUACGUGCAAGCUACAUCCUCGCAGGCAUUCGUCUUCCCAAGCAGCCGGGAAAGAGCCAUCCAGAAGUUUGCCCGGCAGAACUACGAGAAGCUGGACCCGGAAAGCUACAGGAAGUUCUACCAGGCCAUCCAGAAGCAGAACUACUUCGAAUUGCCCCGGGAGGACUCCAUGGUGAGCCCGGAGCAGCUCGAUAAGGAGCGGGCCGACGGCCUGGACCAGCCCGGGCCAAUGGUGUGGUUCAAGGCUCCACCGCAGUUCAUCCCCAACCGGAUCCUCAACUGCGGCCUUCCCGACAAGGCUGACUCCGUGGACUCGUUGAAUCCAAUCUUGAAGAGACGCAGGAUCAACCCGCGGGUCAAGACCAUCAAGCUUGGCCACAGUGCCAAGUACUUGGCCUGGAAGUUGAAGGCUGCUGGGGUUGAGGCCCGGCUGGCCUAG